AACUUUACACCUCAAAAUGGACUCAAAUGUAGCAGCAAGAUUACCCCUUUUCGGAGGUCCCAGGGCCUGGAAUCCCUCCGACUGGACCUCCACCGACGAUCGUGUCCGCGGUGGAUCCUCCCACUCCAAAAUGACCUGUUCCCCGGCUUCGCUCGUCGCCAAAUUCAGCGGAUACCUCGACAUCAGCACACUCGGCGGAGCGGGGUUCGCCUCGCAGCGGACAACAGGCGAAGACCGGACCUGGGAUCUCUCGGCCUACGAUGGCCUGGAGCUGGAUAUUACGUCUGGGAAUGGGAAGUUGUUUACGAUUACGCUGACAGAUGAGGCUGUGCGCAAACGCCCGGAUGGAAGACAGGAGAGUGCGAUGAGCUGGGAAUAUGAUUUCCGGGCAAGUGACGAGCCGGAGAAGGUUUUUGUUAGAUGGGGGGAUUUUAGGCCUACGUAUCGGGGGAAGGAGGUGGAGGGUGCGAGGCCGUUGGAUUUGGGUGGGGUGAAGAGGUUUGGGCUUAUGGUGCGGAGUUUCUUUGGGACACAGGAAGGGGAGUUCUAUUUGAAUAUUGUAUCGAUCGCGGCGCUUCGAUUUACGUACGAGAGUGACGAUGGUGACCACCCGGAGGAUGAAAAGGACUAUGUGAUUGUGGAGGAAAAGCCGAUCAGGUCUUCGGAUGCGUCGACAACGCGAGGCUGGAUGAGCUGGGUUGGGAAGUGCUUGGGUUUGGUCUAACACACGGUCACAGCAAUCACCUCUCGGUUUAGCCAAGCUAUGACUCUCUGCACAGGCUAUAUUGCCUGUGCUGGUAUAUGACUUUACGAAUAUUUUCCGAAAUUAUAUGUCGCACUUUCACGUCGGCAACACCUCUUAGGAUGGUGCUACUGUUGAAACCCUGAACGAGAUAAGAUAUGUCUAUUAGACAAUCCCUAAGAUGAAAUGAUCAUGAAAAUUAAGAGUUUUGGAACUGAAGAUACUAGGCUGUAUAUAUAUAUACGGCGUAUUUUGCUGUAUAUGGCUCUUCUUGAUCAAGCAUUCUAACAUGACCCUUCUGGCCGGAGUCUCGACGAACUAGUCAUCAAGCAUAUCUUCA